UCCCCGGCAACGGCGGCCAUUGACUUUUCAUUUUUCAGGGUUCAUGGUUUCCUCUGCAACUAGUUUUCAAUUCCUCUUCCAGUUUCCACACUUCACAGUGGUUUUCCGUGAUUAAUUUUUUAUCUUGGUGGUUUCAAUGGCUUUGAGCACCCACCGAGCCUCCCCAUCUCUUGCUUGGGAUGAAUCACCUCCCCGUUGGAAAUUCGACGUCUUCUUGAGUUUCAGGGGUGAAGACACCCGCUGGGGUUUCAUCUCCCAUUUAUACCGCGAACUGGAGUUCUGGCGAGCAUUCAAGAUAUUCAAGGACGACAGAGAGCUUGAAAUCGGAGCUAGUAUCUCUCCGGAGCUCUUGAGCGCUAUCGAACAAUCACAUCUCGCCAUCGUUGUUCUCUCACCCAACUAUGCUUCUUCCACUUGGUGUUUGGAUGAACUUUCCAAAAUUAUCGAGUCCAUGGAAACGGGAGAUAAGAGAAUUAUGCCUGUUUUCUUUAAUGUGGAUCCAUCCGACGUUCGACAUCAAAGAAGCAGCUUCGCUGACGCCUUUGCUAAGCAUGAAGUAAAGUUCAGUGAUCAAAUAGAGAAGGUGGAGAGGUGGAGAGAAGCUUUAAGAAAAGUGGCCAAUCUCUCGGGAUGGGAUGCAAAGAAUUAUAAAUGUGAAAGAGAGAUUAUAGAAGUCAUCGUGGAACGUGUGUGGGAGAAAGUGCGUCCUACAAUCACAUUGCCAGAUUCUGAAGAGAAGUUAGUCGGAAUUGAUUUUAGACUUGGGCAAAUGCGGUUGCUUUUAGCUCCUGAGGAAAAGGAUGUUCGAUUUAUAGGAAUAUGGGGUAUGGGUGGAGUGGGUAAGACUACCCUUGCUAGGCUAGUGUACGAGAAAAUUUCCCAUCAUUUUGAUGUGGCUGAGUUUCUUUUUGAUCAUGGUCCACUAAUCAAUCUUCAAAAUCAGGUUCUUUCCCAAAUCUUGAAGGAAAAUAUUUCACCAGUUUGGGAUGAGUACAAAGGAACCAUUUUCAUUAGAAAAUGCCUGUCUAAUAAAAAGGUUCUUCUUGUUUUUGAUAAUGUUGAUAGUUGUGACCACCUAGAAAAAUUGGCCGGACAUAAAUCUUGGUUUGGUGAGGGAAGCAGAAUCAUUGUUACAACUAGAGAUAAACGUCUCCUCACCGAGCGUCGUAUAGAAAUAUCAUUUGAGCUAGUGCGGUUAAAUCACAAUGAUGCUCUUGAGCUCUUUAGUCACAAAGCCUUCGAAAAAGAUCAGCCAGAGGAAGGGUUUUUAGAGCUUUCCAAGUGUUUUGUAGAUUAUGUCGAAGGGCUUCCCUUAGCUCUUAAAAUUAUUGGAAGUUCUUUGUACAAGAGAGAUCUAGAGGCAUGGAAAAGUGCAUUGGACAAACUAAAGAAAGGCUGUGAUGCAAAGGUUUUUAAUUCACUCAAAAUAAGUUAUGAUGCACUAGACUACAUGGAGAAAAGCAUUUUUCUGGACAUUGCAUUCUUCUACAAGGGGGUGGACAAGGGGCGAGUUAUUGAACUGCUACAAUGUUAUGGCUUUAAUGUUCUUAUUGUGAUAGAUGUUCUCAUCGAGAAAUCUCUCUUAACUAUUCAUCUACACAACAAUGUUGGGAUGCAUGGUUUGGUACAAGAAAUGGCAUGGGAAAUUGUUCGUCAAGAAUCUCGUGAGGAGCCCGGUUUUCGCAGCCGCUUGUGUCAUCGUAAUGACAUCUUUCAUGUAUUCAUGAGAAAUACGGGAACAGAAGCGAUCAAAGGCAUACGGUUAUGUUUACCCCUUUUAGAAGAGGCAGAUUCAAGCUGGAAUUGUGAAUGCUUCUCUAAGAUGCCCAAACUAAUGUUUCUUGAAUUUGAUAAUUUAAUAAUUAGUUCAGGCCCCAAAUUCCUCCCAAAUUCCUUGAUAAUUCUCAAAUGGAAUUGGUAUCCUUCCAAAUCUCUUCCAGCUGGUUUCCGGCCAAAUAUACUUGCUGAACUGAAGAUGCAAAGAAGCAAUCUUGUCCGGCUUUGGGAUGGAAGACAGGACUUGCCUAACUUGAAAUAUAUGGAUCUUAAGUGGUCCAAAAGCUUGAAGGAGACCCCAGAUUUCACAGGUAUUCCGAAUCUUGAGGAGUUGGAUCUUACAUGUUGUGACGGUUUAGUUAAGGUCCAUCCAUCCAUUGCAGUGAACAAAAAGCUUAAACGGUUGACACUCUGUGGAUGUAAAAAUGUCAAGGUGUUCCCAAGUAAGAUAGAAAUGGAUUCUCUCGAGUAUCUCAGUCUUGAUGGCUGCUCAAAAGUAAAGAUUCCGAAAUUUGGAGAAGGGAUGAAAAAUUUAUCUGUAGUCUUCGCAUGUGGGACCGCUAGUGAGGAAUUACCUUCAUCAAUUGAACAUCUGGUUGGCCUUACUUGUCUGUUUAUAGAUGAUAGCAAAAGUCUCCAGAGUUUUCCUGGUACCGCAAUUUUUAAACUGAAGUCUCUUAGAGAACUCGGAAUGUCUAGAUGCCCAAAGCUUAAGAAACUUGUAGAAAAUACGGGGGAGACUCAAGACAAGCCGCCAGCCUUGCCACAAAUUUUUGGUGGAUCAUCUAUGAAAAGGAAGCUUUACAUGGGCUUAUUUAAAAGAAAGAGUCCAGAGCCUGUGUGCUUGGCGUUGCCAUCUCCAGGGGCUUUACCGUUUUUGCAGGGGUUAUAUCUAGAUUAUUGUAAUCUGUGUCAAGGAGUUAUCCCCGACGAUAUUGGCUACUGCUUGCCGUCUCUAGAAUGGUUGCGUCUUGGUGGAAAUAAUUUUGUUAGUCUUCCUCCAAGCAUUAAAUGCCUUUCUAAGCUUCUGUUCAUUGAUUUUAAGAGAUGCAAAAGGCUUCAACAAUUACCGGAUCUCCCAUCGAAUGAGGUAUUAUCAGUAGUGGCAGACGAUUGCGAUUCCUUAAAAAUGUUGUCGAAAUCAUCACAGCAGGGCAGAUUCACCAAAUUGGUGUGCUUUAGUUUAACAACUGUCAAUUGCUUUGGAUUGAUUGACAAUGAAGGCUUGAAUAAUGGAAUAUUUUCAAUGCUAAGGAGAUUGGCCGCUCAGGUAUGCUCUCUCUCUCUCUCUCUCUCUCUCUCUCUCUCUCUCUCUCAUAUUAAACAUGAUCCUUUUGGUUUAGGGCAUCUCUCCCGUGCUUCUUCUCUCAUUAAGAGGUGA